GGCUGGGCCCAACCUGGGUGCCUGCCUUACGGGGGGACUGUGGCAGGGCCAGACCUUGCCGAGCGUGCAGCCACAGCCCCAGUCCGCUGUGCCAUCUUUGACCCUGUGAGGGCAAUGCCAGAGUGCCUAGGGAAGGGUGUAGGAAUCACCCUGGUUGGGACUGAGAGAAAUGGAGUGCAGGCAGCGCUGCCUGGGGAGCUGGCACAAGCUCCUCUCAGCCCCUCUCCCCUGCCUGGCUUUGCUUCUUUCCGGAAGACAGAAAGGCCCAAAGCCUCCUCGCUUGGUCACUUACAGAGAAGACACAGGGGUUGAGAGAAGCAAGCUAAGUGGCCCUGGGAUCUGGUACCAUUGCCCACAUGUUCUAUUUAGAAUUCCGCUUGAGGCCAUGCCUCCUUCUGGGUUCUGCCAACACAACAGAGUUUAGGGGAUUGGGGCUCCUGCUCUCUGGGGAGGUAAUGUGGCCUAGGGGUGAGAGCAACUUGGAGUUAAGAGUGCUCAGGUUCUAUUCUGCUCCCACCCCUUCCUUGCCGGGGUCACCUGGGGCAGUUACUCGGUUUCUUCACCUGGAAGUGAAGGAGGGAUAAUGGUGGACUGGAUAAUGGUGUCUACUCCCCCGGCGUCUUGAGAGCUCUGCCAAGUCACUGAAGUCACUGAAGGCGCGGGGCCUGCCUCUGUCAGAUAGUGUGCUAACGGCAUUGUCAAGAUCUGUCUUGCCUCAUCCCGUGUGUUAUCUCUAGACUGCAGACUCCCUGAGGACAGGACCUGUCCUCUGGCUGAAGGUGUGUGAUGGAUCAUUGUCUCCCUCUCCCAGGGCUGGCCCUCCUAGGCUUCCUGGUACUGCUGCCGAUGACCAUGCCUUGGGGGCAGCUGGGCAAGGAUGGCUGGCUGUGGGGCACACACUGUGUGGCCUGCCUGGCCCCGCCCACAGGCUCUGUGCUCUAUCAUCUCUUCAUGUGCCACCAAGGGGGCAGCCCUGUGUAUACUCGGCUCCUUGCCCUGGAUAUGUGUGGGGUCUGCCUUGUCAACACCCUCGGGGCUCUGCCCAUCAUCCACUGCACCCUGGCCUGUAGGCCCUGGCUGCGUCCAGCCGCCCUGGUGGGCUACACCGUGCUGUCGGGAGUGGCUGGCUGGCGGGCCCUCACAGCUCCCUCCACCGGCGCCCGGCUCCGCGCCUUCGGUUGGCAGGCUGCCGCCCGCCUCCUGGUGUUCGGGGCCCGAGGAGUGGGGCUGGGCUCUGGGGCUCCGGGCUCCCUGCCCUGCUACCUGCGUAUGGACGCACUGGCACUGCUCGGGGGGCUGGUGAACGUGGCCCGCCUGCCGGAGCGCUGGGGACCCGGCCGCUUUGAUUACUGGGGCAACUCGCACCAGAUCAUGCACCUGCUCAGCGUGGGCUCCAUCCUCCAGCUGCACGCGGGCGUCGUGCCCGACCUGCUCUGGGCCGCCCGCCACGCCUGCCCCCCGGACUGAGCCACCUGGCGCCCACUACGCCGGCCUCUCUACGGUCUUCUAGGACCAAGAGUAUGCUUCGCUCCUUCUGCUGGUGUGCAAGGGGCUGACUCCCCGGAUGCUUCCAGCAAACGGGACUUGCCAGCUGGGAGCCUCAUCUGUUUGUCCGUUCUUCCCUGUGGACGAGGACCAGCCUCUUCUACCCACACCUCGGAGCUCAGCUUCCCUUCCUUGCCUUCUUUCAGGGUACUGUGGAGGCUGGAAGGAAACCUUUCCUUCCCGGACCUCAGUUUAUCUUCUGUGACCUAUAAGGGUAUGGCCAGAGGGACUCUGGGGUCACGUCUUGCUGUGACAGAAUUCUACCGGCCCGGAGCUGUCAUUCCACCCUGCCCCACACAUAAGGUACCUCAUGGGUGCCUUGCCUGGCCCUCAGCCCUAUUUCCUGACCUGUGUCUGCUCUGCGUGCCAGCCCUCCCAGCAGCCUGAGGCUCACCUUCGCCUUCUCCUUUCUGUCCAGAGACUGUGGAGUGAGGGGUUUGGACCACAAGAGCAGCCUCUUAUCCCAGGACCAAGGGGUAGGAGGGGGGCUGCAGCCGCUGCAUCCGAGCACAGAGACAUGACGACCUGGGUGGGCUGAGGGCCCACCCUCCACCCUGACUGCCAUACUCUGAUGGCUCGAUCAACACGCUGGGGACGUGCCUGCUCAGGCAGUCUCUGCUCCACACAGAGCAUGCUCGUAGCUCCAGUGUGCUGGCCUGGGGCCCUGCAUCAGGGCUCAGCCACGGCCCAUCCCAGGGCCGCAGACCCUGGGCAGCAUCAGUAAAUGGGGCAGGAAGAGCCGUUGCCACACAAGCAA